UCACUAACAGGGCAAUCUGGAGAAGAUGUGCCGUACUCUUGAGGACCAGCUGAGUGAGCUGAAGACUAAGAAUGAUGAGAAUGUUCGCCAGGUCAACGACAUCAGCGGACAGAGGGCCAGACUCCUGACAGAAAAUGGUGAGUUUGGCCGCCAGCUGGAGGAGAAGGAAGCCCUGGUGUCUCAGCUGACCAGAGGAAAACAGGCCUUCACCCAGCAGGUGGAGGAGCUGAAGAGGGCGGUUGAGGAGGAGGUCAAGGUAAGAGACCCAAGAUGGAGAGUUUAG